AUGCCCCCGCCCCCAAAUUUGGCCCCUCUGCAGUGGAACCAGCCGCUCGACACGCGUCCCAACGAGAUUCGCGAGGCAUUGAACGCCCAGCAAAUGGCCAAUCUCACCGAGGCGGUGCCAAAGCCGCAGGUGAAAGGCCGCCCCACCUCGGCUAAUAUAUUGCAGGGCCAGCUAUUUGUGAAUUGGAUCCGCAAAGGGAUCGUAUGGCGGCUGAACAAACUGGUCGCCCAUCCCUUGCCUGAGAGCCAUCGGCCGUCGUACUUCAUGACGUUCGACGUGCUCUGGGGCUUCGUCUUCGAGAUGGACCCACUGCUGCCCGUGUACGCAUGCUGGAUGAGAGAGGAGGUCAUCAGAUCCCUCAUUUUUACCUGCACCAUCGUGAAGCAUCAGAAACUGCACCUGUCGCCAGACGUGCCGCGGGUCUUCUUGGACCUGAAGAAAGUCCAUGGCAUGCUCGACAUGGUGCAGCAGACCAGGCUGGCCAUCGCUAAUGCGCACCGGGAGUCCCAGCUUGCGGCUGCUGAGGCGAGGGGCCAGUGUCUCCAGGCUGCUGGACAGAAGCAGGACGUGGAAAUGCGCCCAGUCGAGUCGGGGUGA